CACACGUCACAUCGUCACUCGCAGUUCAACCAGAGCUCGUUGAUCUGGCCAUGGACGAGCGCAAGAGGUCGUCAUCGCCAUUGCUCUUCCUCGUCCUCCUCUUCGCCGUGCUUCACCUGCCAGGGGCGCCGCGGUGCGCCACGGCGGCGUCCAACCCGCGCAUGCUGUUCCUGGUGAAGCCGGACCCGAUCGUCCUCCGCGACCACGGCGGCGAGCUGCUCACGGGGAACGUCACCGUCAACAUCCUCUACUACGGCCGCUUCGCCCCCGCGCAGCGUGCCAUCGUCGCCGACUUCGUCCGGUCGCUCUCGGCCGCCGACGUCCCCCACCCGCGCGUCGCCAAUGUCGCCCCGUCCGUCGCGUCCUGGUGGCGCGCCACCUCGCUGUACCGCGGCGGCGGCGCGCGCAUCCGGCUCGGCCGGCAGCAGCAGCUUAUGACCCUCGACGAAAAGCAACGAUCCCUUUCGCCGGAGAAUUUCACGGCGAUGGCGAGGCGCGCGGGGCACCACCGGGGCGGGGCCAUCACGGCCGUGCUCACCGCGGCCAACGUCCGCGUGUCCUCCUUCUGCGCGUCGCGGUGCGGCGUCCACGACCACGCCAAGGCAGGCGCGCACGGGAAGACCCGGUUCGCGUUCCUGUGGGCCGGCAACCCGGCCCAGCAGUGCCCGGGCCAGUGCGCGUGGCCGUUCCACCGGGCGCCCGCCCAGACCGCCGGGGCGCCACCGCUCGUGCCGCCCAACGGCGACGUCGGCGUGGACGGGCUGGUCAUCAGCCUCGCUGCGCUGCUCGCCGGAACGGUGACCAACCCGUACGGCGACGGGUACUACCAGGGAGAGCGUGAGGCGCCGCUGGAGGCGGCCACGGCGUGCGCCGGCAUCUUCGGGAGCGGCGCGUAUCCCGGCUACCCCGGAAAGCUGCUCAAGGACCGGGCCACCGGCGCGAGCUACAACGCCGUCGGGCUGGGCGGGAGGAAGUACCUGCUCCCGGCGCUGUGGGACCCGACGACGUCGCAGUGCAGGACGCUAGGGUAGAAUAGAUGCUGUACGCUUGCGCGUGAGACGAAGCGGGCAUGCAGGAUGGAUGGUCUCUACAGUCUACAGUAGCUAGUACCAGCACUCUGGCUGCAUGAGAGGACGAAAAGUAAAUGCCUCAUUUGUUUUCUGCUCCUUAAUUCUUAUUGUUCACUUGUCGCGUGUACUUGCUGUACGAGUUUGUUCUCGCAGCAGCAGUUGUUGUAUCGUAGAGUAUGCCAGUUUUAAUGAAUUUGCAUCCAUGUUCUUUUUC